CUUCCAAUCGCUUAUUAGUCAUCAGAGAACAACUUGAAGCCUUGGCCACUAGUUGCCAGACUCCACUAAAUUUGAUCCUACCAGUUGCGUUAACUGCCGCUGCACCGCACCCCCUAGAACGCAAUGUCUGGGCAAGAAGAGCAGCUCACCGAGUUGCUUUUGACGCUCAAGAAAACAACUCCAGAGCAAGCACGCGCUAUCCUCGCGUCCACACCGCAAAUCGCAUAUGCCCUCAUCGGUCUGAUGGUGAAAAUGAAUGCUGUAGAUGUCCAAGUCCUGCAGAAAACGCUCACGGCCUAUUCAACAUCGAUCCAGCAACAGCAACCACAAAAUGCAGGCCCGUCGACUGCGCCUGCCAUCCAGCCUGCUUCUGCAAUCCCACCCCACCUCCAGCAGUACCGUACACCAACACCGCAGUCCCAAACGCCGCCGCACGUGCCAUCACAUACACCUACCCCUCCUCAUUAUCCUAAUGGACAUGGGCAGGGUCCACAGCAAAAUUUCGGCUAUGGAGCGCCCUCCCAAUAUGGUGUGCAAGGAGGAUAUAGCACGCCGCAACAAGCCCCCAUAGGUGGUGGCAUGAUUCCAGAUGCCCUGGCAUCGAUCCCUGAUGAGCAAAAAGCUAUGAUAAUGCGCGUCAUAGCUAUGACAUCAGACCAGAUCAACAUGCUCCCACCGACGGAGCGCGCGAGCAUUAUUCAGCUGCGCGCAACGCUAGGGCUGCCGUCAUAAGGGUCUACGCUAGCCACUCAUAUCUCAACAUGACAUAGAUGACCUGCUUGGCACCCGGUAUCGGGGUGAUACACUAGUAGGGCGUUCCUUUGAGAACGUAAGUGAUUUCCUUCUGACCCGCGGCGUAUCGACAAAGGCGGCCGCGAGUUUAACCCGGUGGAGACGGUGACCAGCAAAUUAACCGAUUUGAUCAUGGCGAGCAACCUACAUUUGAUGGAAUUAUGAUUUAUAAUUCGAUUACUCUCCGUGUUUGAAUAAUAGACCGAUGAUGCAAAUGCAAUUCCGAGGCUUACAGCAAGUCUUAGUAAAUGGGUAUUAGCUUAUCGGAAUCCGCCCUGGCAUUCUAGUGUGCAGUCAAGACCCUGGUGAUGCAAAAGCAUUCUUACUACUAGCGUAUCG